ACAAUACCGCUGCGCCUAUAUUAUCGUCACCUCCUCCCCCCACCCACCCAAAUCUCCCCACUCUUGUGUGCACACGAGCAAAAUGGAAGGAUCCCUUUCCAUUGCGGUGGCGCUGGCCCUGGCGGCGGUGUGGUUAUCCGCCGGUGAGCUGAGCGCCUCCGCCACCGCCACCGCCCCCGCCCCCGCAGUCUCUUCGAAGGCGGACGCGGAGUUCAUACGGCGGUCGUGCAAGGCGACGCGGUAUCCGCAGCUGUGCGAGCGGUCGCUGGCGGGGUACGCCGGGUCGGUCCACCGCAGCCCGCGGCAGCUGGCCCGCCUGGCCCUCUCGCUCAGCCUGGACAAGGCCGGCUCGGCCUCCUCCUUCGUGGCCCGCCUGAGGAAGCCCCGGAAGGGAGGGUCGGAGUCGCUGCGGCAGCGGCGGGACGCGGGGGCGGUGCGCGACUGCGCGGAGACGAUGCAGGACAGCGUGGAGCGGCUGCGGCGGUCGGCGCGGGAGAUGGGGCGGAUGGGGCGGGCGACGUCGGGACGGUUCGGGUGGCACCUGAGCAACGUGCAGACGUGGGUGAGCGGCGCCCUCACCGACCAGACCACCUGCCUCGACUCCCUCGCCCAGAACGCUCCCCCCUCCCCCCGCUCCUCCGCCAUCCGCUCCCGCGUCCUCGCCGCCUCCCAGCUCACCAGCAACGCCCUCGCCCUCAUCAACCGCCUCGCCCCCACCUGACCACACAUCAAAAACCACCGUACACAGGCCCGAAUAGUCUUGCGAAACUCGUUAAGGUCACAACCAAGCAUGUGCCACAUAGAACGGAGCCUGCAGCCUUAUUACAGAAUAUAUAGUUUGUUUUUGUCUGUCCAGUAGUGAAGAUAUAUCUCUGUAUACAUAUGUAUCUGUAAGUAUGUGUGGAUGAGUGUAGGUAUGUAGGAUCAGGAGAUCGAAUUUUCGCACCAUGUUUUAUUGUAUGUAUAAUUAAUCUUGUGAAUUGCAUGUGAUUAUUAUUAUCAGUAGGUUGAAGUUUUGAUGUAGUUAUGCAUCAAAUGGAUCGUCGGUUGUUUUCCGUGA